UGAAGAGAAAGGCGAUUUGCGCUUAUGGCGGUGGGAAGAGGAAAAAUCUUUCAUUUUAUCUCUCAAUCGUUAAAGCUUGGCUUCGGCCAACAGCACACACACAUGGAACACACACAGAGGGGUCAUUUGGGACAGGAAAGAGUAGAGAGGAAGGAGUCCCUCUGGCAUUACUUCCCUCAUUGGUAUUUUUUGUCUCAUUUUUCUUCCAAAAAAUAAACUCAUUCAGAUCCCCCUCUCCCUGAGAAUAAAAAAAUGAACAAAACCCUGUGUGUGAAAAAAGAAGGGCAAGUCUGCACUACUAUCAUCAUUAAUUACUUUUUUUUGCCGGUCUCAUUUGCCUUCCCCUCCUCCUCCUCUCCAAUACCUCAUAGAAAUGGGGGGAAAAUGGACUCUUGUGUUGUUGAAGGUCAUUUCUUUUUUUUAUUUACUAUUAGUUAGAAAUGGAUGUGUGUGUAUUAUAGAAUAUUUUGGCGAGAAUAAGGAAUGGAAUAUAUAAUAAUAGUAUCUUCAGCUGGCAACCUCAAUUUGUGUUUUUCGCAAAAAUGUGAAAGAAAAAGGAUCGAAAGGUUAUUAUUCUCUGGUAUUAAAAGUGUUUUGGGGGAUAUAUAGAAAAAUUUUGUUAAAUAAUGAAAGGGAUAAAUUGGAAAUUGUAUAUGCAAUAAAAUAUUGAAGUGUGUGAUCCAGUAAGUGGUCAAGAGAAAAUUAUUGAAAGUAUUUCCAGAAAAAUUCAGAAUGAGUGAAAAAUCCAGGUCUUUAAGUAAAAAAUCUUUGAU